GGUCUGCGGAGGUACAGACGGUACUGCGGCAGAGGGCUGAGUACACUCUGUCGGGUCCUACGAUACCUCAACUCCAGGAGCGAGAGGGGCGAACUGCGACGGAGAUGUCAGAAAACCAACUACUGAGGAGGGCGCAGGAGUACACUGCACCGAGGUUAGGAGGCGCCGCGGGGAUGCGAGGCGCCAGGGGGGGACUGAGCACGACACUGGCGGGAAAGGUCAGCGUAGUGGCGGUUAAGGGCGGCGGUGUAAAGGCACCGCGAGGAGGUACGACCGUCCUGGCAGCAUCGCAAACAUCCACAUCGGCCCAAAAUGGUCGCGCGCUCCUCAGCGAAAAGGACACCGUGAGGAGGGACAAAGCCUUAAGGGAGGACCUGCUGAGGGACCUCUGCGGACGACGCGCCAGCGUGACCGGGGCGGCUGCGUUCCCGGGAGAGGGCGGAGAGGAUGAGCUGGAGGCGCUCGGCUACAGGGAGAGUAGAGUUCUCCAGGUGGUAGUGGACGGCCUCGCCAAGGUCGAGGUCGUUGCUAUGAUCACCCUAAGGCGAAAGUGGGGCAACAGCGUCCUGCUCACCAUACUCGAGCACGCUGAAGCGGCGCGAGAAGUGGUGGCCCUGUUGUGCGGAAUGGCGGGGGUGGCCACGGAAAGGGAGCGGCAUUGGGAAGUGUCGUGAGAGGAGGAGGGGGCAUAGCCAGUACGCUGAGGCUGGGAGGAGGAGGCGGAGUGAAGACGGACCCCACUGAUGGGUCCUUGCGGCCUCGUAAGCCUACGGGGCCGAUGUGAACUCGUAUCGCCAUAACUCGAAGCGAUACUCAAGGGGAAGGUUGGCCAAGAAACGGCCAAUGAGGGCAGCCUCGGGGAGGAACGCCACAUCACAAAUCAGACAAGCGUCCUGAAAGACCUGGAUAUGGCGGUCCAGGCCGGCAGCGCCACCAGAG